CUAGCGCUAGAAGACUUGAUUGUUCCCAUCUCGGACUCCCUUGCCUUCGGUUCAGUGAGCUGACUGGUUACAGUUAAAUGUUAUAGAUGAUGUUUGUUAUACGGAUAAGAGCACAAAGGGCCCUGCAAGCGUGACACGACCUUUUGUCAAGAGGGAUUUCCUCGCACACGAAAUGACUCUUCAAUUCAUUUAUCGUUGCGCAAUGCAACCAAGGCACCAGUAGGCGCUGUGCUAGGUUGUGCCCGGUCAUUGUCCGGGCUGAAGAGCCAGGCACAUGUGGUGCAUGUCUGGCCCCUCGAGAGCAGAGCCCCGCAGUUCCCCGCAGCGGCGCUGUAGCUAGUGCAAAUAAUGGAGGUAGCAGCUCAGCUUCUUGCGUCCGGAAAGCUCAAGGCGUCAGCGGCGACGCUUGAACGCCAUCUGAACGAGGAGAAGGACAAGGAGGUCAUCAAGUAUGGCAUCAACACUGUUGAGACAGAAGCGGCGCUACGGAAGGGCGUGGAGACGCUGGGCUACCUUCGCGAGGUGCAGGCCAUCACGGAGGAGUACCGCCUGCGCACCAGCCAGCCCAACCCCGUCAACAGGGAGUUCCGGGAGCAGGCGGGCGGGUGGGCGCCGCGGGAGCAGAUGCCCAAGACCUGGUUUGCUCCCACCAGCAACAGUGUGGUUGUGAAGCGCCCCGCAUCCAGCCGCGACGCCAGCCGCCCCCGCUCGCCCAAGCACGCCUCCCCCUCCACCCCCGUCGCCGCGCCGCGCUCCCGCCCCGCCUCCGCCGCCCUCAAGGCCCUGCACGGCGUCAGCGACGCUGACGUCAGCACCGCGCUCGGCGCCGCCGCCAGCGCCCUGGCGGCGCACCAGCAGGCGGCGGCGCUGUCGGCGGCGGCGGCGGCGGCGGCGGGGCGGGCGGGGCUGGGGUCGCGGCCGGGAUCGCGGACGUCGCUGACGGGCACGCCGUCGGCGGCGCCGGGGACGCCGUUGGCGGCGGGAAUGGGGAUGGGAAUGGGAAUGGAAGGUGUGGGUGCGGGUGGAGGUGGUGGAGGUGGAGAUGGAGGUGUGUCGCCGCCGGCGCGGCGGCUGCCGCGUGCGUCGGCGCCUGGCACGCCAGUGGCGGGCGCGCCUGGGGCAGGCGCCGGCGGCAGCGGUGGCGCGGUGGCCGCGUUGGCGGCGGCGACGGGCUCGCCGCGAGUGGCGGGCGUAGGCGCCGCCGGCGCGGCGGCAGCGUUCACCGCCGCCGCCGCGGCGGGCGCCUUCCGUGCCGGCGGCAGCGCCGGCGUGCGGCGGCGGCGCAGCGCCAGCAGCAGCGGCACGGAGCUCAUCCCGGGCGUGGCGGUGUGUUUCGACGGCGGCGGCGACCACGCCGUGCCGGGCACCGGCCCCGCCGGCCCGGUGCAGCUGCCGCCCAACCAGCCGCGCUACAGCAUCAACCUGUUCCAGGCGCAGCUGCAGCAGCAGCUCUACCUGCAGCAGCUGGAGCAGCAGCUGGCGGCGGCGGAGGGCGGCGGCGGCGAUGAAGACGGGCCGUACAGCGGCGCCGCCAGCGGCGCCGCCGAGGAUGACCUGCUUGGCGGCUACGCCGACAGCGGCCCGGGCUCGGCGGCGUUUAGCGGCGGCGGCGCGGGCCCCGGCUCCGCCGGAGGCGGCGGCGGCGGCCGCAGACCCAAUCUGGGCACCGGCUACCGCGCCCUUGCUGAUGAGGACGUGUCGACCCACCUGCGCAAUGUGCUGGUGGUGGGCGGGCCCGCCGUCGGCGUCAGCGUCGCCGCGGCGGCGGCCGCGGCGGCCGCCGCCGCCGCCACCUCCGCCGAGCAGGUCAGCGCCGCCGCCGCCAAGGUGAUCGCCAGCAACUACGAGGCGCGGCACGUCAACGUGGGGUACGGCAUUGGUCUGGUGGGCACGGGGAACAACCAGGCUGCGUUUGCGGCGGGCAUGUGCACGCCGCCAGGCAUGACGGCGGCCGGCGAGCCGCUGCCGUCGGACUCGCCGUCCACAUCGCCGCGCAAGGGCGCGCGCAGCGGCGGGCAGCAAGCGGCGGCGGCGGCGCCGCCAUCGGCGGCGGUGGUGGCGGCGGCCGCCGCCGCGGCGCUGAUCCCGGAGCCGCGCACGUCGCUGCCCGGCAUGAGCGGCGGCGGCGGCGGCGGCGGCGGGGAGCUGGUUUUUACUCGCCGCAGCCUGGUGCUGGGGGGGCGCAACAGCCUCAGCGGCGACACGCUGGCGGCGGCGCUGGCGGGCCGCGCCUCCCACUCGGGCGUCUCCUCCAGCGGGCUGCUCGCCGGCGGCGGCGGCGGCGGCUACGGUGGCGGCGGCUACGGUGGCGGCGGCGGCGGCGGCGGCGCCAGCGCCGACGGCAUGUUUCCCAUGAUGCUCGGCAGUGACGUCGGUCUGCCACUGGAGCCGAUGCCGUCGUCCAGUCCUGGUCUGGUGGCGGGCGGCGGCGGGCUGCAGCCGACGCCGCCGCCGUCAGGGCCGCUGGAGGCGCGUGCGGCGGGCUCCGGCGGCGGCGGCGCUGGCGGCGCGGGUCGGCUGUCGGGCCGCACGCACCGCAGCGUGCUGCACCACCACCAGCACCCCGGCGGCGCCGCCGCCGCCGCGGCGGCGGCGGCGGCGGCCGCCGGCCUUGGCGAUGCCACCUCCUCGCCGCGCGUGUCGGCGCCCAACUCGCCUGUGCCCACACGCGUGUCCGUCAUGUCGGCGCGGCUGGCGGCGCGCGCCGGCGACGACACCGGCGGCAGCAGCGGCGGCGCCGCCGCUGGCGCCGGCGCCACGCCCGGCAACGUCAGCCCCGGCGGCGGCAACAGCCCCGGCGGCGUGAUCGCGAUGCGCGGACGCCUGCGCAACAUCACCGUGCCCGCCGCCAGCGCCGGCGCCAGCCAUGACGAUGACGCUGGGCCGGCGGCGCCGCCGGCGCAGAUGGGCAGCCCCAUGGUGGGUCGCACGCCGUCGUUCAAGCGGGCGUUGCUGGUGCCGCAGUCGCCUGGCGGCAGCGGCGCCGCCACGCCCACCAUGUGCCCCGACUCGCCGUUGGGCGGGCCGCACUCUGGCGGCGGCGGCCUACUGGGCCGCACCAGCUCGCGCACCGGCAUGGUGGCGGCGGCAGCGGCGGCGGCGGCGGCGGCGGCUGCCGCCGCCGGCGUUGAGACGGUUGACGUCUCGCCGACGGAGGCUAACGCGGCGGUGAUGCUGCUGCCGUCGCCUGGCGGCGGCGGCGGCGUGCCGCCGCACCGCACGCCCAGCAGCCGCCUCAGCAUCAUGGGCGCACCGACGCAGCCGAUGGCGGCGGCGGCGGCGGCGGCAGCCGAUGACGAUGACGUCAUGAUGGGGGCGGCGGCGGCGGCGGCGGCAGCGGCGGCGGCGGCGGCGCACCGCGGGCACCAGCCGCCGUCGGGCCUCAUGCGGCGCAAGAGCAGCGGCGGCCUGCCAGCGGCGCAGGUCGCGGGGGCUGACGGCGGCUUCAGUCCCCUGCCCACCAUGCCAAGCCCCUUUUACAACCUGACACAGCACCAGCGGCUGAACAGCCGCGGCCGAGACAGCGAAGCCGGGGCGUCAGGCACGGCGGCGGCGGCGGCGGCGGCGUCGCCGUCAGCGUCGCCGUCAGGCGCGGCCGCUAUGACGCUGUCUUCGCGAGGGGAGCGCGCCGACGGCGGCGGCGGCGGCGGCGCAGCCGACGUCAGCGACGGCCGCGGCAGCGGCGGCAGCCGCCGCGGCACGGGCAGCCUGCCGCCAACGCCGCGCAACGAGGCGCCGCCGGCGGUGCCGUCGCCGCGGCGCGUCAGCACCGGCGGCGUGGUGGCGGCGUCGCCCACGCCGUCGCCGUCGGGCGCGGCGGCGGUGGCGCAGCGCGGCGCCGCCGGCGGCGGUGGCGGCCGGCAGCGGCGCAACAGCACCAUCACCAUCCUGGAGGAGCCCGACCCGUACGAGCUGGAUGGGCCGCACAGUGCAGGGCACGGCAGCUACGGCGGCGGCGGCGGCGGCGGCGGCGGCGGCCACAGCAGUCACGGCGGCGCGAGGCACAGCCCCGCUGCGUCGCCAUCCGGCGCCGCCGCCGCCGUCGCCGCCAGCACGUCCGUACCGCACAUGACGGCGUCAGCGGCGGCGGUGCAGCUGUCCCCGCGCAACGCCGCCGUCGUGGCCGCCGCAGCCGCGCAGCUGGGCGCGCCGCGGCUCGGCGCCGGCGGCGCCGCCUCCAACCACCCGUCGCCGCGGUCAACCGCCGCCGCCGCCGCGGGCGGCAGCGGCGGCGGUAGCGGCUCGGCGUCACCGCUGUUCACUCGCCGCGGCGCGCCGUCGCCGGCGGCGCUGAGCACUGGCGGCGGCGCAGACGCCAUGAUGUCGGUCCUGAACUCGGUGAAGGACCCGGCGCAGCGGCCGGCGUCGGCGGGCGGCGGGCGGGCGCGGCGGGCCAGCAUGAGCUCGGGCGCCGGCGGCGCGCCGUUGAGCGGCGACGCGGUGCCUGUGGGCAUGCGGCUCAACUUCAUGGGGGGUGCGGAUGCGGUGGGCGGACAGGCGGAGGGCAAGCCCUGGCAGCCGGCGCAGCCAACCAGCCCCACACGCCGCAACCGCCGCAACAGCAUCGCGGCCGCGCCCGCCGCCGCUGCGGCAGCGUCGGCGGCGCCAGCGGCUGCCUCCGGAGCGCUUACGCCGACGCCGCACAUGUCGCGCGCCUCCGCGCCUGGCGUGGCACCCGCGGCGGCGGCGGCAGCGGCAGCAAGGCCUGGGUCGGCGCGCGCGCGGCGUGACAGCAGCGUCGGGGUUGAGGACGCGCCCGGAUCGCCUGCUCUGCUCCAGCAGCACACUGUGGCGGAGGAGGCGCGCAUGGGUGUGGGCGCAAUGCCGGCCAUAGCGCGCAAGCAGGCGCAGGCCAUCAAGCAGACCCUGGACAUCUAGUGGCUCGUGUGGGCGUGGCGUGGCAGUGGCUUGCGUGGGAACACGUGGCGCGAUGGCCGGCGUAUGUGGCUCUGUGGCUUGUGUGGGGGUCAGGAGGAGGGAGGGCGGGAGGGAGGGAGGAGGGAGGAAAGAGGGACGGAGGAAGCAGUGCUUCUGUAUGUUGCAACACGACAUGUGACGACUGACUCGUGGGACGGACAGCCAUGGACCUUUAGUAAACACAUUCUGCUGCGCUGCAUAAGCGGAAGGAGAAGGACUACAAGCGGAGUGCAGGAGGAGGGUAACAGCUCGGCUGGCUACGUGGGAGGAGGGUGGGGGCAGCGUGUGUUGCAGCCGCAUAAGCAGCUUUGAUGAAACCUGUCGACCGUACGUGACAGUUUUCGGAGACGCAGUAUGUCAUGUCAGUGGGGCACCUAAGUGCCUUGCCUGACCCCCGCAGCCGAGAUGUUGCGGGUGGGUAAUGUGACUGUUUGUUUAUGUUCAGUUUUUUGGAUUGGGUACCGUAUUGCCACACGGCAUGGACUGACGACGGCAUCGGCAAAGGGACUCGUCGCGCAUGUGACACAGCGCGUCGCACUCGCUGUGGCCUUGGUUGCCUCCGGGGGCAAAGCGCAACCGCAGGUAUCAGGACUCGCGGACGCCGCAGCGGCCAGCGGCGGUGCGCUGGACACAUUACCGCUGUGGCCGCCAUUUUGGCUAUUGAAUAAGUAAGUGGGGCUGUGGAGGUACGGCAUGGAGGUGUGGAGGUGUUGAUGAUUGGACGCGUGGACUGAGACACAGGAGUGCGCGGCGUGCUGACAACUAAACCGGCGGUGAAUGCUCGGCGUGCUUAGGAGGUUGGCGCUGCAGGAGGGCGUGCGUGUGUGCACGCGGGCACUCGCGUGUUGCGACCGGGGGUCCUUGACCGUACAUAGGACGCGGGCCGCCCUUUGGUUGACGCGGCUUUACUUUACGGGGGAAGCAUCCUUCUUUCUUUCGAUUUCCAGUCCUUGUGGGAUUGGCACUCUUCCGCUUUUGGGGCGUUGCGUUUGCGUUUUGUGUGCAAGCAUGGACACAUCCCUAACGUGCUGGUGGACCACUUGUGACGAUUGACGAAGCGAACUGCGUCCGGCGGCGGGUGCGAAAAGCAAGGCACAGAAUGCGAGCUGGCGUGAGAGCUUGAGUCAGCUUGAGUUGGCGGCGUGCGCUGACGACCUACGCCGACUGUUGUUGUGGUGCUCGUACGGGGCUGGCCGGGAGUUGUGCGCUUUGAGUGCAAAGUUGUGCGCUUGAGGAGGCGCCCGAGCAAGUGGCAAGGCGGCCAUAAUUCAUGUUUGUUGCGCAAGUAACGGCGUAUUAUGCAUGCUUAUUCUGUGUUUGGCAAUAAAAAAAACCGGCUGGAUCCCGCGUGGUCCGUAGAUCCUGGGUGGCCAGUUGACAAGCUGUCAACAACCCCAAACAUUCUUGUCCCUGCGCCGAAGCCUAU